AUGGAUCUUGUUAUCUUGAGGUUUUUCGAGGUUGUAGAAGCAAGUGAAACAGAUGUAGAUCCGGUCGACUUGGCCAAUUUAUUUGAGUGGUCAAAAAUGUGUUUCAGAUAUGAUAUCAACGAGAAACAGAAAGCCCGAAUCUUAGGACCUGUGGAUGUUUACAUUCAAGCAGGAAGUUCGAUAUCGCUGACAUGUCUCAUGAGUCAAGGCCCUCAUGAUUUGGGAACAGUGUUGUGGUACAAGGACGAUUUCCUUUUAGAAACAUCAGAACCUCAAGUGAAUGGUGCAGACCGUCUGGGAAGAGUGAUUAUAGAGAAUCAGUGGACCGAUGGUUUGACAUCAAGAAUGUACAUUAACAGGGCACACCUAGGGGAUUCAGGAAAUUACUCGUGUGUGCCAACCACCGCGGGAUCAGCGAGCGUCAACGUCCACAUUAUCAGUGGAGAACAUCCCGCUGCUAUGCAACACGGAAACAAAAACAAAGCGUCCCCACCUUUCUCAUUCCAAGGCACGAUAGUUUUUUGUAGUAUUUUUUCCAUACUCAUAAAACAUGGUAGAUGAAAUAUUUGUAAAUAUGUAACUUCGAAUUUCCAAAAUACUUUCUCUCAUAGGUUUCACUGAAAGAACCAAAUUUAUUUCAUUUCCCAUAUUCUCGUUUCUCCAUCUAACCCUUGGCAUGAAAAGAUUUGAGAAAAUGAACGAUGAUGUAGGUCUUAUAAAGUGUUGAGAUACGAUCAUAGUCACUCUUCUGUGUUAAGACUUUCCCUUGAUAUUAUAUCAUAUAUUUAUAGAAA